UCCCCCUGAAGAUCCCCACAGAAAGCUGUGGCCAAACCUCCACCUACAGCCUCUAUAAGGAAACCUGCACAGAUGUUAUCCUACUGCCAUGUGGAGACCUGAGUGGAACAGCAAGGACCAGAGAAACACACGCAGAUAUAGUCCUUCAGUUAAUAUGCAAACAUAUUUCUGUGUUAUUAAAGCUGGCUCUCUGUUUACAUUCUGUUCACUUGUUCUUCUUCUCACAGGUGUUUUCAAACGUUGUGAAAGACUGAGCUCACACUCCUCAACAUGAACCUGACUGACUGUGAUGAUGCCUUCAUGAAACGAGAGAGCUCCACUGUACGUACAGUAUAGCAAUCUACCAGGAGCUGCUUCAGGGCCCUGAGGACAACUCCUUUUACAACAGCUCUGUUCCAGAGAUGCUUCCUCCUCCUCCACAUCCUCAACCUUCACCACCCCUCCUGCUCAUCGCCAGAACUAAGAGUGCCCCACCCCAUCUCAGCAACCACCACCAGUUUCUCCUGCAGCCACCGCCUAAGAGGAAGAGACGUAAAGAAAAAAGGAAAGGUAAAGGCGAGGCAGCGGAAGACGGUGCCCCUCAACACAAAAUCCCCCACAUGGCGGUGGAUCUGCAAGAAACGCCAGAUGAGAAGCAAGGGGCCGAGUCAUCCUCAGAAAAAGGGUCUCUAAUGGACACCCAACAGAAUGAACGAGAGAAAACAGACAUCGAGGGGAACGGAGUGAGCCAAGACAACACACUUGAAAUAACACCCACUACUGAUGACAACGCAAAAACCAACACAAAUGGUGGUGAAGAAAGCAGAACAAAAGAUGGAGGAAGUGAAAAAUUAAGCGAGAAAUCGUCCAAGACUGAGCAGAAGAAGAACGCCGACUCAGGAUCGCACCGUGCCGGGUUCGACGCCUUUAUGACGGGAUACAUUUUUGCCCAUUCAUGUACCCUGAACAAGAAGAAAGGAGUGGAAGCUGUAGGGAAGGAGGAGGAAGAGGAGUCCUGGGUUCCUUCGUGUCUCAAUAAGGUCUACCUCAGCGGUAAAUCUGCUCCUCUCAACGUGGUUAAAAGCACCUUCUCCAAAUCAUCCAAGGCCCAUGUGGCGAAGAUGGAGAUGGUUUGGGGAAAGAAAGUGUAGUGUCCACACUUGAACACAGUAUUUAAGUGUUUAUAUUAGGGCUGCAACUAAUUAUUAUUUUAAUUAGUAAUCUGCAGAUUACUUUUACGAUAAACUGUUUGUUCAAUAAAUUGUCCAAAAAUAAUAAAAAAGGAACAACCUCAAAAGACUCAAAGUCCAAGUGAUUCAAUGUUUUGUUGAGUCCAAACCUAUGGUCCAAACCCAAAGAUGUUGACUUUAAUAUAAUAUUUAACAGAGAAAAGCCAAGAUCUAAAAACUGCAUUUUCUGGCAUUUUUUCCAUGGAUAAUUACUUAAAGGAUACAUCAAUAAUCAAAGAAGUUGGUAUUUUUUUCUCUGGAUGCACCUAUUGAUUGGUCAAUUACUAGUUACAACUCCAAUGUACAUGUGCAGGUUCAAUAUCAAUAAUUGUUUAGCCUGCCAACAGUUUGGCUCAACUAUUUGAUGGACAGUGCUGAACCCCAGAGGAUGGGUAGAUCCCCUUCCUCUGUCACUAUGAGGUUGACCAUUUCUGUUUUUAGUGACACAUUUUGACAAUUAUUGAAUAGAUUGGCUUGGAAUUUGGUCCAUGCCCCCCCCCCCCCCCCCUCCCUCAGGAUGGAUGGAUUUAAAAGAGUAAUCCCUAACUAGGGAACCAGGAUUUUGUGUUGAUUUUUAUUUGCCAUGUUUUAAGAAUGAUGGAAUAGGGGGUCAGUUUGCUUGUGGAACAACCUUUCAGUCUGGCAGUGUUGAAAUGUAAGUCUGUUUCUCAUGCUCUAUACUGUUUUUAUUUCUUUGUAAGACUUUUGUACAUUUGUACCUACUAUUAAUAGUAUUAAAGACGGUAAUAAAGUGCAAUUCAGUGGCAGCUGUUUUGAUCAAGCCAGGUAUUGUUUCUUAAGUUUCUCUGGAAAGAGCCAGAUUCUUGAUUUGCAUUCAUUCUUCAUUUUAGAUGUUUGUAUAAUUACCUUUUACAGGAGUUACCUUUUGAAAAAAUAAAUGUAUGCUCUUUAAAAAUGA